UGGUGAUUCUGGCAGCGCUCCGCUGACUUGACAGCUGCAAAGGCCUUGUCUUGUUCUGUGAGAAGGACGGCUUGAAAUUCGACAGAGGGGCGAUGCAGGCUGAUUCCGCAAGCUGGCCGAAUGGGACAGGCUGCUGCUGAACUGGCUCCCUCACGAGGGGCGACAGGCGCAUCGGAGGCGGUGCACCGUCUGGCAUCCUGCGCUAGGGCGCCUCUUCGUCACAAGUCACCAGCGCGAGGAAAGCUCACAAGUCAAAAAGCUGGGGAGAGUGGACCUUUUGUGAGUGUGAAUGAUGCAAUUACCCGUAUCAUGGUUCGGGUUCUGGGCUGUCUGCAAAAGUAGCAUUCACUCGAUCAUACGGAAGGUUUGGAAGCUUCCGCCUCAGAACAAGAGAUGAAAUCGAUGAAAUUUGAUCCCCGCCGCGCCGCGCGAGGUCGAUUUACCGAGUCGCGACGUGGAGGUUAGACGACAAACGGCGCUGACGAGCAUGCAAGAGCUUGUGGGCAAGCUCCACAGGCAGUACGAUGUUGCAGUCCAAUCCGGCGACCUUAUCUUCACGGACAGUACAGUCAAAGGAAUCACGCAAGGCGAGCUCGAGUACGAGGUCAGGUUUGCUCCUGCUUUGGCGAAGAAGCCUACGGCCGCCAAGCCAGCGCAAAGCAAGCAAGACAAGCCUGCGGAUCCCUUUGCAGCGCCUUAUGUACCUGCAUUGCAUGUCGACGAAGUGACCGUCAAGGCUGAACUGGAAGAUGGCGAAUCGGAUGAACAGUCUUUUGUCGUGCUUCUCAACAAGUUUUGCGUCCAGCCGAGACACUUUCUGCUCGUCACGAAAGAAUUUGUCAGCCAGCGACUGCCGUUAUCGCCGCUAGAAAUCUACACGACCGUCAAGAUCUUACAUACACUGGCCAAUCCAGCAGCAACAAUCCAAGCAGAACCUCAUCUUGCCUUUUUCAAUUGCGGCGAAUUAUCGGGCGCAUCACAGCCACAUAAGCACAUCCAGUUCAUCGCGUUGCCCUCCGGCAAGACGCCAUUUGACAAAAUCAUACGUGAUGCCAAGCCAAAAGAUGCAAGCGCAAAGCUGGACGCGCAAGACCGGAAGCUUAGCGCCUUUACUGUCUCCGUGCUGCCUUUUGCGCACUACAUCACGCCAAUCGAAUUUGAUCCCGACGAUUCAGUUGCAAAUACUGCAGGCGGUCUGUUAGCAAGAUAUCUGCUACUACUCGAUCUAGCGGCAGAGAACAUAUCACAAUUACAGCAGCAGGACGAUGUAGACAAGUCAAAGCUGCCAUCUUCAGCUUCACGCAUGUCUUACAACCUUGUCGUCACGCUUGACUAUCUCAUGCUCGUACCGAGGUCCCAAGAGAAGUUCGAAAGUGGUGCAAGCGAAGCUGUACCACUCAAUUCGCUGGCUUUCGCUGGCAUGCCGCUCGUCAAGUCCCAAGAGCAGCUAGAUACCUUUGCGGGUGGCGACAUUGCCAAAGCCCUCGCUUCGGUCUGCUUCCCCGUAGCGCGCGGAUAGGCGAGCUUGAACUCUCGCAAGAAACUGUUGUACGAUGGUGAAACCUGUCAG